CAGCGAUACAGUGGACAGACACAGCGUGGAUGGGAGCGUCAGGCGGCCGUGAGCUCCUCAUUUGGAAACGCAUCAGAAAGUGUUCCCGCGGGUAUUUUUUUCAGCUGAAUUAUCACAGAAGUCACUGCAUUUCGGACUUUAUUAUCUGUCUGCGAAGAGAAAAUGCUGAGAAAAUUGCGCUCUGAUUAGGAAACAGGCGUUACUUACCGGGGAAAGUCCUGCGCACCUUGGCUCCCCAGCGUUUCAUUUGGCGCUCCAGAGGUCGUCUUGGUGAGAAAGAUCCAGACACAGGCAGAGGAGGAACCUACUUUAACAUAAUUUGUUGACUGAAGAAAACCAAACAAAAUAAUUUCUGACAGAAAACAGAGAACUGUCCACGGAUGAUCGUGCCUGGAGAGAUAUCCGGUGACCUUUUUCCAUCUCAGCCAUGGCAUUGAGUCAGACAUCUACAUGAAGUGCUCCGGUAUCCUUUAGGAGGAACAUUAAAGGACAUCUUUUUUUGGAAAAACUAGUAAAUUGUACUUCAUCUAACAUAGCCAAUAAUUUUGUCAUUUCCCUUUUGUUGAGUGGACUUUCGGGGAGAAACUGUUGCUACUGUGAACCUCCACAAGCAACUCCUGUUCUGAAAAAAACAACUAUGAGACAGCAGGACAAAACAAUCGAUAAAUAAUUAAGAUUUAUCAGCGAGUCCUCAGAAAAAGAUCAUUUUGGAAUUAAUUUCUUUGAAAGACCUUUAAUUAUUUUGAUUUGAGACCCCUGGAAAAAUUUUUAAACUAACUGGAUCUCAGAUGUUUUUUUCAUUCCUUUUUGGCCGUCUGCCAUUAGGUUUUCUCUCGUAAUACUUUACCAACCUCUAAUAUCCCCAGCAUCUGUCCCCAUUAACAUCUCUUCUCACCUUUUCAUUCCAAACUGGUAGCCGGAGAGGCUUCAUCCUGGCCGGCACUAUUCCAGCCAAGGGGGAGGAGGACUUCCUCACACUGGCCGCUUCUCGGCUCAGCCGCAGGAAACGCGUGAUUGUAGCCGCCGUUGGUGUGGCCAUGGUUCUGAUACUGCUGGUGGCUAUUCCCCUGCUUGUUCACACAACCAAAGGUGGUAGCGCUGGGAGCAGAGGGAGCCAUUAUGAAAUGCUUGGAAGCUGCAGGAUGGUGUGUGAUCCUUAUGCUACUUCUCAGCCUGGUCAGGAGCUGAUAGCUGUAUCUCCACCCCCCCAGGAUUACUCUGGAAAGAAGAUGAGGUCUGGACUUCGAGGACCUCCUGGAAACCCAGGUCCUCCAGGAGAGCGCGGCCCCCCAGGGGAGCCAGGGAAACCGGGGCCGCAGGGACCCCCCGGUCCCGGUCCUGGGGGGUAUUCUCCCUCAAUCUACACCCCUAAAAUUGCCUUUUAUGCAGGGCUACGCAAGCAGCACGAGGGCAGUGAAAUACUGAAAUUUGAUGAUGUGGUCACCAAUGUGGGUAAUUACUAUGAGCCCAGCACUGGCAAGUUCACCUGCCCUCUGCCUGGCAUCUAUUUUUUCACCUACCAUGUACUAAUGAGAGGUGGUGAUGGAACUAGCAUGUGGGCAGACCUGAAGAAGAAUGGACUGGUAAGAGCAAGCGCCAUCGCUCAAGACGCUGAUCAGAAUUACGACUACGCCUCCAACACCGUGAUUCUGCAUCUGGACGUUGGCGAUGAGAUUUGUGUGCAACUGGAUGGAGGAAAGGUCCAUGGAGGAAACCAGAACAAGUACAGCACCUUCUCUGGCUUCCUAAUCUACCCAGACUGAAGCUAAAUUUACAUCCAGGGGAGGGAGGAAGAACAGCAAAUUAUAAAGGUUGACUCGGACAUGUACAGUAUGGAUGCAAAUAAAUGCUCAUACUACAAUAUCCACACACAUGCAUGCAAGCAAGCAAAUGUGCACCCACAUACAUAGACACAUUGUGAGAUUACAGUGGAUUGCAAAAUGAUUGAAUCCAAAUCAGACAGAAUGAGAAUUAAAUAUAAUGGAAAGAUACUGGGCCAAUGUAUUUAUUGGAACCCUUUUUGUGCAAAUAUAAAUAUCAAGAUAUACAGUACAGCUAACUAUUUACCACUGAAGCUCAGAAAUAUCUGAAGUAUUAUAAUGUAAUCUAUAUUAGCUGACAUAAUAAGAACAAGGAUAUAACAAAAACCCAUAAGUUGGAGAGUUAUAAUGCAAUAAUAGUGUUAGGAAGAUGAAAUAUAGGAGAAUGCACAUUCAGUGUUUCAGUUGAAUUUUUUUACUUUGCAAUUUCCAUUCCAACAAUCUCUGAUUUAUUGUUCUGAAUCUGCUUUGGAAAACAUCACAGUAAAGUAUUCCCACAAUCACUUACAGGGGUUGGACAAUGAAACUGAAACACCUGGUUUUAGACCACAAUAAUUUAUUAGUAUGAUGUAGGGCCUCCUUUUGCGGCCAAUACAGCGUCAAUUCGUCUUGGGA